AAUAACUAAGAUACCUUAUUUGUGGUACAUGAGUAUAAAGAUGUUUUAAAAAUUUCUUAACAUGGUGAAACAGAAUGCUGAAUGACAACUCAUAAUUCAGCCUCAGUCUACAUGAGGUGCUCAUCCGAUCAGACACGAAGAUGACUGCAAACAAGAAAUAUGUUGAGUACCUGGACAAGACGUUGGAUGAUUGUGCCAAGCUAGCUCCAGAAGAAAAGCUGUUGAUGUAUAAGGGUGUUUUGUAUCCUGCUGUUUUUUGCAAGCUAGAAACUUUUGAAGCUCUUGAAACCUUUGAAGCCAGGGUGGAUGAUAUAAUCUUGGCAGGGUAUCCAAAAACAGGUACAAACUGGCUUGAAAACAUCCUAAGGGGCUUGGAAACCAUGGCUGGAAAGUAUACAGAAGAGGAAAAGACAAAAAGAAUGGCUAUUAAAGAUGAAUUGGCAUUGCCUCCACGCCUUGAGUUUGGGGAUCCAGACAAAUUCAAGAGGAUGAUGAAAUUACCUUCCAGAAGGAUCAUAGUAACCCAUCUCCCUCCUUAUUCACUACCCAAAUCUAUUUUCAAAAGUAAAGCCAAGAUACUGGUGCUGAUUCGGAAUCCAAAAGACACAUUGGUGUCUUAUUUUCAUUUUUGCAACAAAAUGCCUUCCUUUCCUAAUUCAACAUGGGAUGCAUAUUUUACAGAUUUUAUGAAUGGAAAAGUGGGAUGGGGUUCCUACUUUGACCAUGUCACAGAAUGGGACAAGUACAUUGAUGAUGAAAACAUCAUGGCCAUAAGUUAUGAAGAACUAAAGGAGAAUCCACAUUUAGGAUUGGAAAAAAUAGCUAAAUUCCUUGGGUUUCUGCUGAAUGAAGAAGAAAUUCAAAGUGUUGCAGAAAAUUACAGCUUCAAAACUAUGAAACAGAAAUCUACUGAAACUCAUGGAGCAUUUGGAAACAUUCUUUUCCGCAAAGGAUCUGUUGGUGACUGGAAAAGUUUGUUCUCAGAAUCUCAGAACCAAGCAAUGGAUAGAAGAUUUCAAGAGUGUUUAGCCGGAAGUAAACUAGGAGCAAAGAUAAUGUAUGAGAUUUACUGCAAGAUCUGAGGAGGCAACCUACCUUUGAAGGGCUGCCUAUCUCCUGAAUUGUUUUGAGAACCACAAUUAG